AUGCUACUAUGGGCGUUGCUUUUAGGCGUCGCUGUUGCGGAUGUGGAGGGCAACGGGCGGCUGUGCGGCGGGAGGGGCUUUCGCGCGCCGAUGCGCGGCUUUUGCGCCGGGCUUCUGCGGCUGCUGCUGGGCUGUGUUUUCUUCAGCCUCCUUUCGUGUAGGGAGGCGCUUUCGUUGCGUCGCGGGGCGCACGGUGACUUUGCUCUCGGCAGCAUUUAUGUGCCCCCUGCCCCGCCCGAGGAGAAGGGGGCGGCGACGGUGGUGGGCUGCUUCCCCCGCGUCGUGCUCAGCCCCGGCAACGCAACGUACUACUGCGAAGUCCGCGGCGCCGCGCUACUCCGUGGGUUGAGCCUCUACGCCUCGUACUACACCCCGGAAGGCAGACUGUGCGGCGGCUGGCCGGCGUCCCUGGGGGCGGCGACAAACUGCGUUUCGUUUGUUCCUGCCACUGCCGCCCCGUCCGGGACGAUGACGCUUGUCAUCACCAAGCACUCCGCCUCGGGCGCUGCGCACUUCCUGCCUGUGACGACCAACGCAUCCGUGCACUUUUUGCCUAGCGAAGCCACCCACGCACGCUUCACUGCACCGCUUCCGUACUACGGGUUGCACUUCGCAUGGACGACGAACAUGCCGCGCGAGGACGCUGUGGGCGGUGCCCUACUGGUGCGUGCCGGCGUGGACUGCCCCUCCACCGCGAGAAAGUGCAGUGCGGGGCUUGGCUGCCACAACGUGACCGAUUCGCAUCGACUUCCUUUGCCUGGUAUCUACUCACUCUGCGUCACCGCCGAUGGCUGGCGCGGCCACUAUCUACCGUGGGGCCAAUCCCUCCUUGAGGUGAAGGCGCUGGUGACGGUCCCGCUCUACCUCGUGAGCGGAGCACGGACGAGCAUCAAGGCGUACGAUGCGGCACUGGGCAGUCCCUUCUCCCGGGCGCAUCGGGUUUUUCUGACGCCGUGCUUGGGCGUCCCUUGUGAAAAGAGCGACACAGUCUCCGUUGAAAGCGUGGUGCACGUCGACACGUGUCGAAGGGCGCCCCUCUCGCAUCGCGUCUAUUACUCGGAAGAUCGCCCGCUUUACCUACAUCCCUGGAAUUACGCGGUGUGCGUUGAGCUUUCGCCUUGUACGGGCGCUGCCUCGUGUGGCGUGACGCCCUCGGCGUUGCCCGUGACAGCUCUUGUGAACGCCUUUGUGCUCGCAGUUGUGGAUGUCUUGGGCGACACGUUGGUGCUUGGGCUGACAGGGGGAGACCUUGGGCGCCGCAGCCUGCCCUACUAUGUGUGUUUUUUGCCCACCACUGCGUCGUGUGACUCGGAGUUGCGCGCGGCGCAUGCAUGUGUGCGGGGCGCGACGCCCAACGCGCCUUUUCUGCACAUCAACCGAAGCCGUGCUCAGUUGCCGGACGCCGUGACCUUGUGUCUCGUGGCGGCGAACACGACCUUUUGGGGCCGCCGCUACGUGUGGGUGCAAAAGCUGGCGAGCGUCACGCUGAGGGACGCCGCCUCUGUCUCCGAUGGACGUCGCGUUCCUAAGGCGCUGAUCGUUGCGAUUGUCAUCGGCGUUGUUACCGCCACUCUUUUGGCAGUAGACGUACUAGUGCGUUGCCACCUGCGCCGUCGAAGGGCACGCCGGGUUGCCUCCGGUGUGGAGGUGGCAGGUGAGCCCGCCGUGCGUGAGCCGGACGCCGUUGGACCGCGCCUGAACCCUUUGGUGGGUGCGGGUCAAAAAGAAGUGGAUCUCGCCGCCACGCAUGCACGCCGCGGCACGGAGGGCGCGGACCUCGGUGUGCCUUUCACGCCUGUCUCAGCGCUGCCCGCGGCGGAGGACGGGAGGCGGCGCCCGCCACCCGGAGGCCGUCGCCGGUUAGAAGAAGACGCCUCUGCAACGGUCAACCCCCACCGCGGUGCCUCGCCGGAAACUGUGAAGCCUCCUGCGCCGCCGCUUGCGUCUCGUGAGGAGUCCACGAAUCUUCAUUAUGCCCAGAGAGACACCUCCGUCUUUGAGGCCGCGGACACGGGGGCUUGCGUUGCCGCAAACGGGGCCCUCACGGCCGCUAAUAACCCGUCGCAGGUGUCCGGUGCGGCGGCACUGUACGCAGGCCUGAGGCCCAGAGGGGGCGAGGUUGGGCCGGCCGGUCGCAGGGCACCUUCCGCUGCGGUGGAGGAGAGGGGUGCUCCGCAGCAUGCAGCGGUAGCCGAUUCGGCCACGAAUGCCGGUCAUGCUUUAUUCGCACGGGAUGAGCCGGCACCUCCUUCACCGCCGCCUGUUACGGCCGCCCGCGUCACCCUCAAGACGCAAGAGCCCUCCGAUGAGCUUCCUGCGCCGCAGGGCUCUGGUGCCGCAACGCGAGAAGGCGAGUCGAAGGUGCUACAUGCCGCCAACUUCGCUGCCGCCGUGGUUGACACGGCUAGAUUCGACGCACAGCAUAGCGGGUGCCGAGCACUGCUGCCGGCAAUUGGGCAGGACAAACCUCCUCCACGUGAAGGGGCUCAUUCGAUGGGCAAAUCUGAGAGGCAAGCACAGGCUGGGCGUGAAGUGUCAGGAUCCAAUGCGACUGCUGCCUCCUGCGCCGUCAGUGUGGGUUCAAUGCGGGACUUGACGCGGGGCUCACGCGGAGAAAAAGAUGUGGGGUCGCUGACGAAGCAGGCAGUUGGCGCAACAUCCACCAAUGAGCCGGGAGUGAACACGAGUUGUGCGUCCACCAGCGUCGUCGCUGCCGCGCCCGUUUUGGGGGCUGGUAUGUCGACGACGACGUCCUCCACAGCAACAGUUUCUCGAUCGAUGAGUGAAGAGCUGCCAUGUGCGCUCUGCCUCGAUAGAAUUGGGCAGCCUCCGGGCAUGACUAGUUGCGGAUGCCGUGAGCGUUCCCCAACUGCGGAGCUGGCGACUUCUCUCGGAGAAAGCGAAUGUGAAACUGUUGGCACCCUGAGCUCUUCGUCGUGA